AGCCUUGGGUAGAACCUCGAGCCUGGACUGAGCUCCCACAAAGACAAAAGAGGAGGAAAGGACAGAUCAUACAAGUGCGAGAGAGAGAGUAGCGAAGCUGGUAUGGUUUGGUAGCAGUAAGUCAACAAGUGGCCAUUGCGAGUGCGGAGGGUCCUUCGAACUCUGGGAAGUCUUGUUUUCUGUUUUUUAUGGCCAAUAGCUGCACACUUACAAAGAAGCUGGCGAAGAGCAUUGUAGAGGGUGCUGGUCUGGUCCCGCCUUAGUGCAAUCAUCGCCGCCAUCAUGUCUUCAUCAAGACGACGAACUAGGCCGUAGAGAUUGCUGUUACAACAUUAUCCACCGCUGUUGGCUUGUCCCAGCUCUCUUCAUCUUUACUCCUCUAGGGUUUCGGUGUAGAAAAGCGCUAAACAUUCACAGCUAGAAUUUGGAAUUUGGGAUGUGGGCUUAGUUGGUGAAAGUGUUGGAAGGUGGAUGCUGAUCUCCAAGCUUGAGAGGAGUUGGAAGGAAGGAUUGUGACGCUAUGUGUUAGGGAUUAGUUGAGGUGCAGGAGUUUUAUCGAAUGAACGCGAAUGCGUGAGUUUGGUGGCUGGUGAAGGUUCUACAUUGAACUAUCUUUCAGGGUGUGGAUGGUGGGUUCUAGUUGAAUUUGAGUGAACUGGGGAUUUGAUCUCAUGAAGUGAGAUAAAAGUUCCGAUGGUUACAAGGAAAAAGUUCGUGGUUUUAUUGGCUUGGAGAAUCGUGUUUCAGACCAUGGACCAUGUAUGAAGGACGUGAUUACGGAAUACGUAGUUUGUGAAUUUUUCAGAGGUAGUCUUUGUUCCAGGAGAACUAAGGUUCGGGAUACGCGCAGAACAUUUUAAGAUCCGUGGGGGGUUUUUUUUUAUAUAUUUUUCCCUUCUUCCCUUCCAGAACAGAGUUUUGCAUCACAUUUUGUGGUUGCACAUGCCACGAUUCUGUGUUACGUGAAGGCAAUCCGCCAAGAUUUUCCUCACGACUGAAGGCUUUGUUUCGCAAUCGCUUCAUUUAACGAGGGAAUUGUCGUUGGGGCUUAGUCCAAUGCAUCUCUGUUUCAACCGAAUGGUGUCUUGACUUUGCAGACCAUGUAUCAGAAUAAGAAGUUUUCCACAACCAGCUUAAUGCCCCAGAGGUCUGCAAGUCAGGCACUAGAGCUUCGAGGGUCAAGUGCAGCUGGAGCUUCUGUUAAUUCGGCCGGCAGUCCGGGAGGGGGCUCUGGUGGUGGUGGCUCAGCAACGAAGCAGCGAUUACGCUGGACUCCUGAGCUCCAUGACCGCUUUGUGGAUGCCGUCACCCAAUUGGGCGGCCCUGAUCGGGCAACUCCUAAAGGUGUCCUACGAGUCAUGGGUGUGCAAGGUCUAACCAUUUAUCACGUGAAAAGUCACUUGCAGAAGUAUCGUUUGGCAAAGUAUAUCCCCGAAUCAUUAUCAGAUGGAGGAAAGUCGGAUAAAAAGAAUAACCCAACGGAUCUGCUGCCAACCCUGGAUGCAACCUCGGGGAUUCAAAUCACCGAGGCUUUGCGCAUGCAGAUGGAAGUGCAGAAACGAUUGCAUGAGCAGUUAGAGGUGCAACGACAUCUACAGCUACGAAUUGAAGCACAAGGGAAGUAUCUACAAAAAAUUAUCGAAGAGCAGCAAAGAGUUGGUUCUCUCAAUAAUCGUCCAGGUGUUACAACUGAUAGUGCAACACCUACAGUGACAGAUACAACCCAAGGACAGGUUGGUUUGGUUAAUACCAAGCCAGCAUUACCCUUAACUUCUGUUCCACAAAGCGAUACUCUUGCCUCAAACAGCUUACCACCAGUGCCCGUGUCUACUAGCAACACGAGACUAACUCAAGCGACCAUUCUUCCUCCUCAGCAACCUUUUCAGACCCAGUAUGGCUUUGAAACAUUCGCCAACCCGCCUGCGCUUGAAGGCUCACCAGUUCAGGGUGCUUCUAAGCGGACUCGAACAGAGGAUAGAGGAGGACAAUCUCUAGCUGGACAAUCUGAGCCUCAACAAGUCUCAGGGGUUCCUCAGCCAGGGGGGCCAUUCUUGCAACCAGGACAAACGCAGGGAAGUGGAGGUGGAGCUUUUCACCCCAGCCAGUCUGAUUUUGCUUCGGGGGCUACUUUCUCUCCUCGCCAGGGUGGAAGGUCCUUCUCUCAGGCUCCUCUUAGUCAGCAAGCUUACUCACAGCAACCUCUUCCGGGAGUCUUUAAUUCCCAAUCCUUUCAUCCAGCGAACCAUGCGAACAUUUAUUUGCCUACACAAGCACAAUGUACUGAAGCUCAGGCUCCACCAGACAAUUCUACAUCCGGGAGUACGCGUCCGCCACAAGAGGUUUCUGGUAAACUGGAUACUGGGGCUUUCCUCACAAACGAAAGAGAAGUCGCUUUGCCAGCAUCUGAGGGUGAUGGAGGACAUAGAAGCGCAGGCCCUUUGUCACAGGCUGCCAUUUAUGAACAGUGGGAUCAUGUUGGCAGUGAUGGCCAAUUAUGUAACGAAGGUGGUUAAGUGGAGCUGAGAUUCUCAAAAGGGGAAUUGGAUUGUCAAUGUCGAGCAGAGUAGAGGUGGAUGGAGUGGUUCUGAAGUGAACUGUAGCUGCUGCCCAAAGAAUAGAGUAGCUGUAAGGUUUCUUUUUUCUUCUUUUUUUUCUUCUUUUAUUCCUGUUUGAUUCUUAUGCUUUUCAUCCUUUCUGAACCCUCUUUGGUCGCUAUAAGUGGCAGAUCAAGUGAAGAAAUCUGGAAGCAGUUUAAUUGCAUCUUAAGGAUACUUUUUCAAACUAUCUGUGCACGUCCUGAAAGCACUAAACGCUGGCACGCUGUGCGAGAUGUAUUUACAGAGAGUACGAAACUUGAUGUUACGACAAAAAGUA